UACCGCGUAUCUGGCGUCGGUGUCAGUGCACUCACUGCCGUCCAUGGAACACGCUUCGAAUACGGAAACAUUGCAGAUACUAUCUACCCCGCAGCAGGAGGCAGCAGCGACUGGGCCUAUGACACCGCCGGCGUGCAGAUGGCCUUCGCUUUGGAACUCCGCGACACCGGGAACUACGGCUUCCUGCUCCCCGCCGACCAGAUCAUUCCCGUGGGCGAGGAGACUUGGGCUGGUAUUGUGGCCGCCAUCAAGGCCAUCUAAACGACGCUUCUCCCGACGACAAGAGCUUUCUGUGCACUUUCUGUAGCUGCAAUGAGAAAGGGCAACAGAUUUACGCGCCUUGAGGUCUAGGUCAAGAAAAGUUCUUUCUGGAAUUUCCUCAGUGGAAUAAAGUUGAAAAGAAUCUUCGGA